CCCCUAUUUUUGGGGUUUCCCCUGAGCCCCCCAAUUUUUGGGGUGCCCCCAACACCCCCAUUUUUUGGGGUGCCCUUGAACCCCCGGCUUUGAGCCACCCCCACUUUUAGGGGUAACCCCGACUCUCCCCCUAUUUUUGGGGUUCCCUCCCCCCAUUUUGGGGGUUCUCCCCCCCGUUUUUGGGGUCCCCCCGGCCCGUUUUUGGGGGGCCAUGGCGUGGGCGCUGAAGCUGCCGCUGGCGGACGAGGUGAUCGAGUCGGGGCUGGUGCAGGAUUUCGACGCCAGCCUGUCGGGCAUCGGGCAGGAGUUGGGGGCUGGAGCCUACAGCAUGAGUGACGUGCUGGCCCUGCCCAUCUUCAAGCAGGAGGAGUCGAGUUUGCCCCCCGAGGGGCAGGACAAGGUGCUGCCCUUCCAGUACGUGCUCUGCGCCGCCACCUCCCCCGCCGUCAAACUGCACGACGAGACCCUCACCUACCUCAACCAAGGUCAGUCCUACGAGAUCCGGAUGUUGGACAACAGGAAACUGGGGGAGCUGCCGGAGAUCAACGGCAAGCUGGUCAAGAGCAUUUUCCGGGUGGUUUUCCACGACCGGCGGCUCCAGUACACGGAGCACCAGCAGCUGGAGGGCUGGAGGUGGAACAGGCCCGGGGACAGGAUCCUGGACAUCGAUAUCCCGAUGUCCGUGGGGAUCAUCGACCCCCGCGCCAACCCCACCCAGCUCAACACCGUGGAGUUCCUGUGGGACCCCGCCAAGAGGACCUCGGUCUUCAUCCAGGUGCACUGCAUCAGCACGGAGUUCACGCUGCGCAAGCACGGCGGCGAGAAGGGGGUCCCGUUCCGCGUGCAGAUCGACACCUUCCGCGAGAGCGACAGCGGCGACUACACCGAGCACCUGCACUCGGCCAGCUGCCAGAUCAAGGUGUUCAAGCCCAAAGGUGCCGACCGGAAGCAGAAAACGGACCGGGAGAAGAUGGAGAAGAGAACGCCCCACGAGAAGGAGAAAUACCAGCCCUCCUACGAGACCACCAUCCUGACUGAGUGCUCCCCCUGGCCCGAGGUCUCGUACGUCCCCCCCGCGCCCUCCCCGGGCUUCAACAACUCCCACAGCGGCUUCUCCCUGGGGGACGGCAGUGGAUCCCCGAGCCACCAGCCCGACCCCCCUGCGCCCCUGGCUGAUACCCUGCUGCCCACCUGGACACCGCAGGAGGCCCAGCAGUGGCUGCACCGGAACCGCUUCUCCACCUUCUCCCGGCUCUUCAGGAACUUCUCAGGGGCCGAUCUGCUGAAGCUGAGCAGGGACGACGUGAUCCAGAUCUGCGGCCCCGCCGACGGGAUCCGCCUCUUCAACGCCCUCAAGGGCAGGCUGGUGAGGCCCCGCCUGACCAUCUACGUGUGUCAGGAGUCGCAGCAGGUGAGGGACCCCCAGCACGAGCCCGACGAGGGCGACGGCGGCGCCGGGACCUUCUUCGUGUACCACGCGGUGUACCUGGAGGAGCUGACGGCGGCCGAGCUGUCCGAGAAGCUGGCGCAGCUGUUCCGCGUCCCCGCACACCAGAUCCAGCACAUCUACAAACAGGGACCCACCGGCAUCCACGUCCUGGUCAGCGACGAGAUGAUCCAGAACUUCCCGGACGAAUCCUGCUUCGUGCUGGACACCAUGAAAGCCGAAAGCAGCGACAGCUACCACGUCAUCCUCAAAUAGGGGAACACCUGGAGAACAUGGAACACCUGGAACACCUGGAGAAUCUGGAACACCUGGAGAACUUGGAACACCUGGGAUACCUGGAGAACAUGGAACACCUGGAGAACCUGGGACACCUGGAGAAC